AUGCAGCGCCACCCCGUGGCCGCGCCCCUCGCCGGACUACAAAUCCCAUGGUGCUUUGCGGCGGAGGCCGCGGGGCAUGCCGGGAGCCUGGCCCGGCGCGAGGCCCCACCCUUGGGCAGCCAUGGCGGCGCGUGGUACGUCAGUGCGUCGCGCCGCGCCGUAAAGCGCGAGUCAGCGCCCUUCCGGCGGCUCUCACCUCCGCGCUUUGCGGCGGCGCCGUGCGGCAGCGGCGGUUGGCGCCUUUGUCCUGGCGGGCGGCGGCCUGAGGCGGAGCGGGCCCGGCGCGGCGGUAAGUGCGCGGCGGGCUGCAAGGGAGGCGGACCGCAGUGCGGAGCCUCGUCCUUCGCGGGGCCGCGGGAAGGCGGCGGGCGGCACUGGAGGGGCCCCGCGGCCGCCUGGGAAGGGCCGGGCGGCUCGGAGCCCUCGCGGUGCGGUAUGAGUUCCGGGCGCCGCCCGUCUGCCGCCGGUGGGGCUUUGCUUGUUUCGUUCUUCGGUGCCCGGGUGCAGGGCGCUUGGGUCGCGGUUCACCUGUAUGGAGUGAGUGAGCUUCAGGGCCCGCUUCAGCCCUGCGGUCGCCGAGCGGGCCCUGAGCGACGGCAGGAGGCCCUGAGUGCUGUGUGUUACCUCAGUGUGGGGCAGUGCUUGGCGUGGGGCGCUAUGCUUGGACAGUGA